UCUUGAACGGCUUCUGGUUGCUCUUCACCCCAAAUGCGGCAAUUUUGCUUAUUUACGUAGCCAUUCAACCAGAAAUGAGCCUCAUCGCUGAACAAAACACGCGCGCGAAACACAUUUCGAACCGAACACUGAUUUUGGUAAUAAAAUUCAAUGAUUUGCAAGCGUUGCUCGUUAGUAAGUCUAUUCAUGAUGAAAUGUCAAAGCAUACUGAGCAUCUUUCUCUUUGACACCAUGUCUGAAAUCCCACGUGAUCUGUCAAAUACUAAUGCAUGAAAAUCCUAACCUCAAAAAAAUCACCCGUUAUGUUAAAGUGAAAGAUCUAUCAAUGGCUCGAAAUAACUAUUCUGUUCAUUUCAGAAAUUUUUUUUUACGAUUUUAAGAAAAGAGAAUCGGUUAUGACUUUUGUAAAAAAAAUUUGGGGUAAAUUUUAGAAUAGAUUUCGGGGUUAAAACGGAUAUGUACGGAUAGAGGAGGUCCUCUAAAUUAAGAAUAUAUAUUUUCUAUAUAUAGUUGCCGCUGAUUUAUGGUUUUUGAGAUAUUUGCAUUUAAAGUUCAAAAUUCAACUAUUUAAAAUGCGUGUUUUUCCCAUUUAUAAUGAAUUUUAUCGUUAUAUUUUUAACUUAUCCACUAACACUUCACUAAAACGUUUCUAACCAUUUAUUUUAUAUUAAAUAGUGCAAAAAUAACUUUUAUUCAACAUUUAACUUUUGUUCACUUAUUUUUGUUCGUACAAUAACAAAAGGGUUGCAUUCUAUCUAAAAAUCAGUGCUACCUUACGUUCAUAUUUUACAGAAGAAACUAAAAAAUAAAGAAAACAAAUAAUACUCCAAUGACAGGAAAUAUAUAACACAUUAGUUUUUGGCAUAGAAUUUCUUUCUGCAUUGGCGGCCUUCGGCCGCGCUUCAAAAAAAUAACCCUUGGUCGGGCCAACACCUUUGCGUGCUCAGUUCUUUUGCGUUGAACUCUUCUUUGCCCGAUCCAACACCUGGAUUUAUCAAGAUAUUGAGAAUUCUGAAAGAUUUUACAUUACUCAUCACACGAUAAUGAAUUUAGUUAUGACGUCAUAACCUUUCUUUUUUCUUAUUUUUACUCCAUUACAAAAUAUGGUAACACUAAUUUUUGGCUUGUUUACAACCACUUUCUUAUUUUAUGAAUAAAUGGAUUUUAACUAAAGUUUUAAUUAAAGUUACUUUUGCACUAUUUAAUAUAUUGAAUAGAAACGAAUUAGUGUAGUGUUAGUGGAUAUAAUUCAUAUUCAUAUUUCAUAGAAGAAGCAAAAGAAAUAAAGAAAACAAAUAAUCCCAAUGACAGGAAAUAUAUAACACAUUCGUUUACCGCAUAGAAUUCCUUUCUGCAUUGGCAGCCAACGCAAAAAGGAGUUCAACGCAAAAGAACUGAGCACGCCCAGGUGUUGGUCGGACCAAGGGUUAUUUUUUUGAAGCGCGGCCGAAGACCUAUCCAUGUUUCCGGAUAGGGAUCACAUCGCCUUACUGGCACCCAGCAGGAUAUUGGACUUUAUCAGUAGGCUGGGGCUAAGUGAGUCCCUGUGAGUUAGGAGAGGGCACAAUAGACCUAAGGUCGCGGUGCAUUUAUCUAUGUCUAGUGGAUAUAAAAGUAUAAAAUAUAAGUGUAAAAUCCAUUAUAAAUCGGAGAAACACGCAUUUUACUUAGUUGAUUUUUUGAACUUUAAAUGCAAAUAUCUCAAAAACCAUAAGUCAGCGGCAAUUAUAUGUAUAUAUAUUCUUGAUCUGGAGUACUUUCUCUAUCCGUACGUACCCAUUUUAACCCCGAAAUCCGGGGAUGCUAUUCUAAAUCGCAAACGAUGGACGAUUACCAAAUGGCAAACUGCACUUUUUUCUGGCGAGUCGAAGUUUAAUAUCAAAGAUUCAGAUGGGUUGAAGAGCUCUAGCUGCCGCGAGAAACGCGAGUGACCUUUGCGCAACUUCGUUCUGGAUACUGUAGCAGGUUAAACCCCUACUUAUCCAGACUACCCAAUGUAUGUCCUGCAUGCAACGAGUCUCCGCAUGACACUGGCCACCUCUUUGCAUGCCCCACAAACCCCACAUCUAACACCCUCUUCCCUCUGGUCCGACACCGUCGAAACAGCACGUUUCCUGGGCCUACCUUUAGAUGACGUCGACGACAACACAAAUGAUCCUUACCACCCAAACGGGGAUUAGCGUACCCGUUAAAACAACAACAUGGUAGAGACAAUGUACUAGUGUGGGGUUGUCUUUGGAAUGGAAUAGGGCCAAUUCAUCAUAUAAACAGUACAAUGGACAAAUAUAAGCAUAAACAUAUUUUUUAGAAUAUUAUGCUGCCGCAUUUUGCGGAAGAAAUGGCUUUAAAAUUUAGUUAUCAACAAGACAACGACUAGAAACAUUCUGCUAUUUGUGCCCCACAAACCCCACAUCUAACACCCUCCUCCCUCUGGUCCGACACCGUCGAAACAGCACGUUUCCUGGGCCUACCUUUAGAUGACGUCGACGACAACACAAAUGAUCCUUACCACCCAAACGGGGAUUAGUGUACCCGUUAAAACAACAACAUGGUAGAGACAAUGUACUAGUGUGGGGUUGUCUUUGGAAUGGAAUAGGGCCAAUUCAUAAUAUAAACAGUACAAUGGACAAAUAUAAGCAUAAACAUAUUUUUUAGAAUAUUAUGCUGCCGCAUUUUGCGGAAGAAAUGGCUUUAAAAUGUAGUUAUCAACAAGACAACGACUAGAAACAUUCUGUUAUUUGUGUAAAACAGUGGUUAAUUGAUAACAGGAUUGGGGUUUUGAAGUGACUCGCACAGUCACCAGAACCAAUGGGAAAUUGUAGAUCGAAAAAUCAGACGUGAGAAUUGUAAAAACAAGGCCGUUUUAUACAUAUGUACAAGUAAAGGUAGCAUGGAAAAGCAUUUCCUGCAACACAUCAAAUAUAUUAAUUGAGUCCAUGCUUCGCCGAUAUGCAACUGUAUUGAAAAAUAAGGGAUACGCAACCACAUAUUGAAAGACAUAAAUUUUCCAAUCAUAAAACUAUUUCGUGCUUUAGUUUUAUCGCACCAGAUUUUUGGAGUUUUCCAUAUAUGGAAUUUUAUAUAUUUUUUAAUAAGUUAAUUUGUUUAAUUUUUACUAAUUCAAAAAGAAGAAUGAAUGAAAUAGUUAUACAAAUAAAAAUAAAAUCAUUUAUAACAUACUUUAUUUUCUUAAUUUAAAUACCGUCAAGGUAGAUUCCGUGUUUUAGUUUUGUCGCACACUGUAUAUUCUUAAUCUGGACCAUUUCCUCUAUACAGAUGGUAUACUAAAAUUUCCCCGUAAUUCGAUUUAAUACAUUUGUUUUGUAUUAAAUAGUUCAAAAAUCACUUUAAAUAUUUUUAACCUGUUGAAAUCCAAUUUAUUCAUACGUGUAAAUUUUAGAAUAGCAUCCCCCUAUGUCGGGGUUAAAAUGGGGUUCUAAAGAUAAAGGAGGGCCUCCAGAUCAAGAAAAUCCGUGUAUGUAAAGAAAAGUUAUUAAACGUACACCAUUUAUAACUCAACAACUGCUGAACCGUUUCGGCUAAAAAUUGGUGGGAAGGUAGCUUAGAACCAGGGUAAGGAUCUUUUAUCCCUUUAUGUUAAAAUUCAAUACAAUUCAUAAAUACAAAAAUUAUAUUCAAAAUCAUAAACACAAAGACUCACAUAGCCCCAGCAUAUUGAUAAAGUUCAAUAUUCUGCUGAGUGCUAGUUAGGCGGAUGGAGUCAUGUGUAGAAGUUCACGCAAGUGAGGAAAGUUCUCUGAUCGCCAUUCACUUGGGAGUGGCCAGAAACGAUUCCUUAACAUAUGACUCAAGCAGCUCACGACUUCUGGUCUUUGACCAAGUAUCCUCUGGGUAGCCUAAGAACAUCCGUUUGAAGGCGAGCUAAAGUGAAAAAGCGAAACAUCCCCUGCAUAGGGUUGUGCGCUGGGUUUGGGACCCGCCACGGCCUUUUAUGAGUGCUUGGAGCGCACUUAUGAGAGACGCCCCCUCCCCACGAUGUCAAAAUCGUGCUUGGCGACUUCAACGCCAGAGUGAGCAAAGAAGGCAUCUUUGGCACUACGGUCGGUAAAUUAAGCCUCCACGAGGAAACAUCCCCAAAUGGGUUGAGGCUGAUCGACUUCGCCAGGGCCCGAAAUAUGGUUAUCUGUAGUACUAGAUUCCAGCAUAAGAAUAUACAUCAAGCUACCUGGCUGUCUCCGGAUCGAAAAACCACCAACCAGAUCGAUCAUGUUGUGAUAGACGGAAGACACGUCUCCAGUGUUUUAGAUGUGCGUGCGCUCCGAGGUCCUAACAUCGACUCGGACCACUAUAUUGUUGCAGCCAAAAUUCGCACCCGCCUCUGUGCAGCAAAAAACGCACGCCAACAAACACAAGGAAGGUUCGACGUUGAGAAGCUGCAAUCACAACAGACAGCCGAACGAUUUUCUACUCGGCUUGCACUCCUGCUAUCUGAGAGCACUCGUCAACAACUCGGUAUAAGGGAACUGUGGGGCGGCAUUUCAAACUCCUUACGUACAGCUGCUACCGAAACCAUUGGUUUUCGGAAAGUGCAAAAGAACAGCUGGUACGACGAGGAGUACCGUGUCGCAGCGGAGAGAAAACAGGCUGCCUACCUCGCAACGUUACGAUCGACCACAACUCGUGCGGGAUGGGAUAGAUACCGAGAGUUGAAAGGGGAAGCGAGACGCAUUUGCAGACAGAAGAAGAAAGAGGCCGAAAUGCGUGAGUACAAACAGCUUGAUAAGCUGGCCGACAGGGGUAAUGCUCGAAAAUUCUACGAAAAAAUGCGGCGGCUUACAGAAGGUUUGAAGACCGGAGCAUACUCCUGUAGUACCCCCAAAGGUGAUCUAGCCACCGAUGCCCAGAGCAUACUUAGAUUAUGGAGGGAACACUUCUCCAACCUGCUGAAUGGCAGUGAGCACAUAACACCAGGAAAAGGCGAACCCGAUUCCUCAAUCGAUGACGAUGGAGCAGACGUUCCAUUACCCGGCCAUGAAGAAGUUCGAAUAGCAGUUGCUCGCCUGAAGAACAACAAAGCGGCAGGGGCCGACGGAUUGCCGGCCGAGCUAUUCAAACACGGCGGCGAAGAACUGAUAAGGAGCAUGCAUCAGCUUCUUUGCAAAAUAUGGUCGGAUGAAAGCAUGCCCAACGAUUGGAAUUUAAGUGUGCUAUGUCCAAUCUAUAAAAAAAGGAGACCCCACAAUCUGCGCCAACUACCUUGGGAUAAGCCUCCUCAACAUCGCGUACAAGGUUCUAUCGAGCGUAUUGUGUGAAAGAUUAAAGCCCACCGUCAACAAACUGAUUGGACCUUAUCAGUGUGGCUUUAGACCUGGUAAAUCAACAACUGACCAGAUAUUCACCAUGCGCCAAAUCUUGGAAAAGAUCCGUGAAAGGAGAAUCGACACUCACCACCUAUUCGUCGAUUUCAAAGCUGCUUUCGACAGCACGAAAAGGAGCUGCCUUUAUGCCGCGAUGUCUGAAUUUGGUAUCCCCGCAAAACUAAUACGGCUGUGUAAACUGACGUUGAGCAACACGAAAAGCUCCGUCAGGAUCGGGAAGGACCUCUCCGAGCCGUUCGAUACCAAACGAGGUUUCAGACAAGGCGACUCCCUAUCGUGCGACUUUUUCAAUCUGCUGCUGGAGAAAAUUAUUCGAGCUGCAGAACUUAAUCGAGCAGGUACAAUCUUUUAUAAGAGUGUGAGAUAUUGAUAUCAUCGGUCUCAACACCCGCGCCGUUAGUUCUGCUUUCUCCAGACUGAACAAGGAAGCAACGCAAAUGGGUCUGGCAGUGAACGAGGGCAAGACGAAAUAUCUCCUGUCAUCAAACAAACAGUCGUCGCACUCGCGACUUGGCUCCCACGUCACUGUUGACAGUCAUAAGGACCUGGCCUCGCUUGGAAUAUCCAAUUGGCGCCACGUAGCGAAGAGAAGAAACGACUGGCGCGCUGUUGUUGGCUCGGCUAUAAUCGCGUUAGCGGUGUCUACGCCAGUAAAGAAGAAGAAGUACUGUCAGUCACAUUUAUGUCAAAUUUCCUGUCAAAAUAUUCAUUAGCGUUUGAGAUACGUGUCGUUUUGUGAGCUGCUAAAAGUGAGUUUUUCGUUUUUUGCGAUGUUGAAAUUUGUCCAGCAAAGAAUUUGCAUUAAAUUUUGUUUACGGAAUCAAUUUUCUGCUGUGGAUACGUUGAGGAUGGUGCAGAAAGCCUUUGGUGAUGAGGCUAUGUCUAAAAUAAAUGUUUACAAGUUGUAUAGUGAGUUCCAAGCCGCCCGUGAACGUGUCGAAGACGAAGAGCGUCCAGGGCGACCAUCAACCUCAACCGACGAAGCUCACGUUCAACAAAUCAAAGAUUUGGUGUUGAAAAACCGUCAAUUAACAAUUAGAGACCUUGCUGAUGAAGUUGGCUUAUCGAAAGGCUCAGCCAAUACCAUUUUGGAGGAUGUUUUGGGCCUCAGGCGCGUCAAAUCUCGACUGGUGCCGAAAACAUUGAAUUUUUUGGAAAAAGGCGUCGCGUUGAAGUGUGUGAAACGAUGCUUUCCGACUACCAGGGUGUCAUGAAACGCAUUAUAACAGGCGAUGAGACUUGGAUCUAUGCUUACGAUCCCGAAACAACCGAUCAAUCGAGCGAAUAUCGUGCCAAAAGAAAGCCGAGACCAAAAAAAUCGCGCCAAAGUCAUUCAAAAAUCAAGGUCAUGUUGACUGUUUUCUUCGAUUAUCGUGCUGUUGUGCGUUAUGAAUUCCUUCCAUAAGGUCAAACAGUCAACAAGGAAUAUUAUUUGAACGUUAUGCGUCGUUUGCAUAACGCUAUCCGCCUAAAAAGACCGGAAUUGUGGAAAGACAAUUUUUGGUUUUUACACCACGAUAAUGCACCAUCCCAUACUGCCCUCGUAAUUCGUAAUCAUUUUGCCAAAAAAUCAACCCAUAUCGUUCCGCAACCACCGUAUUCACCUGAUCUGGCGCCGUGCGACUUCUGGCUGUUCACCAAGCUCAAAAGACCUCUCCGGGGACACCGUUUUUAUACGAUAGAGGAGAUUCAAGCCGCAGCGAAGACGGAACUGAGGGCCAUCUCGGAAAGUGACUACAACCAGUGUUUCGAAGAUUGGAAAAUCCGUUGGCAUAAGUGCAUUGCAUCGGGAGGGGAUUACUUUGAAGGGGAUGAAAUUGAUUUGGAAGAAUAAAUAAAGAAUUUUCAAAAUAAAUACGGUGACAUUGUAUUAUUUUUUGGCCAACGCACUUUAAUUUCACUGCUUGAACUUUUUCUGUUUUUGUUUUGCAAUAGUUGUCUUUCUUUGGGGCUCGAAGGAUCAAUAUUUAAAGUGGCUUUUCAUGUUUACAUUUCUGUGAAUGAUAUCAAAAAAUGUUAAAGCAAGAAGUCAGUCGUUGCUUCGGUGAUUUAAAAUGCACUAGUGCAGCUAUUUAAUACAAAUAUAUCUAGCUAUAUUAUAUGUAAGUAUGUACUUUCCCAUCUCGACUUGUAAUAAUUCAAACGUGUUUAGAGCAAUAUAAAGGAGCAUACUCAUUUUCAAUAUAACGGGAUAUGCUUGUUAUUUGGGUUAAUUAUAAGCUUUCCAACACAUUCAAAUUCUUUAAGUAAAUGCAAUAUGGCUAAGUUAGUAAGGAAGGGCUUAGUUUGAGCCGAUGAAACAUCUUCGGGUGUACACAAUACUUUAUAUUAAAAAAUGUUGCAAAUCAUGCAAAAAUAAUAUUAAAAUCAUUUUUAAAUAAGAUAUACAGUAGCGGACAAAAAAAAGAGUACACCUUAGAAAAUAAUAAAUCAAAUAAUCACGAUUUUAUUUAAAAAUGUGGACUUAUAUAAAAAAAAUUCAUGAAACUUGGUUUAUAUAAGUAUUCGAAACAAAAAUACAUAAAUAACUUAGUUCAAAAUAAACAUUUCCAUUUUUCAUUAGAAGCCGAAAUAAAAUAUUUUCGAUAUUUCAACUUCUGCUAUGAUACUUAUAAAAAAUGUUCCCAAAACUAAACGCGAUACAAUAAAAACUCAAUUUUUUUAAUUAGUAAUAAUAUUAGAGACAUCAAAAUGUCUUGACUUAAUAUAAUAUUUCGUGGCGCCCCCUUUGUUCUUUAUCACGGUUUUUAUUCGUUCGGGCAUGUGAUCAACUAACGACUGUAAAAUUUGUGCCGGUAUACCGUUAUACCAAAUGUCUUCAAUUAUUUGGUGAAGUUCUAACAAAGUUCUUGGUCUCUUUUUGGUUAUCCGCGCUUUCAUGAUGUGUCAAAGGUUUUCUAUGGGGUUUAUAUCAGGACUGUUCCCAGGCCAGUCCAGUGAUAAAACACCCAAUUCUGCUGAACAUUUUUUUAUCUGAAAAAAAUUAAAAUGUGUAUUACCCAUGUCGUUGUAAAAAUGAAAUAUUAUUAAGGUUAUGUAAUAUAAAAAAAUGUAACUUACUGAUUUGGCUCGAUGGCAUGGCGCAGAAUCAUCCUGAAAAAUUAUGUUGUCCAUAUAGGAAAAAUGCUCUUCAAUUGAAGGGACCAGGUUUUCCUGUCAAUCAAGGCCAAAUGUCCAACACCAUGAUAGGAAAAACUCAUUGCUGAAACGUUCACCAACUCUGCUGCGAACGUACGACACUCCGUCUGAACCGAAGAUGUUAAUUUUGGACUUAUCUGAAAAUAUGACUUUUCUCCAAUCUUCUUUUGUCCAGGUUUUGUGCAGUUUCGCCCAUUGGAGGCGUUUUUGUCGCAUUUUUACCGUCAAUAGCGGUUUUUAGGCAGGUCGACAGGCAGUAAGUCCGGCUUCUUGGAGGUGCCGUCAUACUGUUCACUUACUGAUUUCGGUUCCAUUUAAUUCCUGAAUUUCGCUUCUGAUGUCUUCAGCUGUUUUAAAUCUUUUUCUGAAUACUAAUCCGCUUAAUAUGGUGGUCAUCCUUGGUAGUAGUCUUCUUCGGGCGUUCGGAACCCGUUUUGCGUUUUAAAAACUUCGUCUUCGUAUAUUUCUGAAGGAAAGCACCGACAAUAAUUUUGCUAAAAUUUAUUUUACCACUAAUUUCACGUAUACUCAAGUUUUGCGAUCGCAAAGCCAAAAUUGUGGCUUUAUCAACUUCAGUCAGGUUUGGACUUUUUAAACAUUUCAUUUUAUUUGCAACCAUGUGUAUACUCAGGAAUAUAAAUAAAAGUGAUUUAUUGUAGCUGAAUAAUGAACUUGCUAAAAUAAAUACUUACUUGUAUAAUAAAGUUUGAUUUGUUAACACUACAUCGAUUUAAAGUCACUACAACUAAGUAUCCCGUGUUUUUUGUCCGCUACUGUAUGUCAUAUUAACACAACCUAAGAGGCUAAAUUUAAUAUAUUGAGUUGAUGGGAAUGACGUUGGCAGAGGAUCGGCAUUUACUAUUUUAAGAAUAUGAGGUUUAGAGCAAGGUCUUAACAAACUCCAUUCAUGUUCAGCACUAAACUAUUGCAUUAAAAUAUCUCACAUUUUGAUGAACCUAAGCAGUUUAAAGUCAGCUAGAAAUCAUUAUACAGAGUAUAUUCGGUGUGGGCUUUUUGCAUUAAACUUUGGCAUUGCUCAGGUACAGAAAGUAGAAAAUAGUUAUCAAAGUGAAAUAUAAAUCAGCGAAGUGAAUAAAAUUUUGAAAUUUAUACUUUUUAACAAACUUUUUUUUAUUAAGACCAUAUUUCAAAGUAUCUAAUUAAAGUAAUUUUUAAACAAAAAAGAAGUUCAUUGAUUUUAUAAAAGCAAACACAUAAAAUUGCAUAUAGAAAAAAAGUUUUAUUUUUUUAAAUGGAGGCGGUUUGGACAAAAAGUAUCAAAUUUGGCACUUUUUUCAACAGUUUUUCGUUAAAAAAAUUAAAGGUACGCCAAAGCGAAUGAUGUUAAAAAUGUUCUCUCCUAAUUGGAACUAGACAUCUUCAAAACUCCUUUGUGAGUGGAAACCCUAUAUUCCCCACUCUGUUUCUUUUCUACAAGAAACACAGUGUUACUAUCCGAUAAAGCAAUAAAAAAAAAUCUAUUCACGAAAAUUGGUAGUUGUCGGAACAGAAUUGAAACCGAUCAAAGAAAGUAGUUGGUGUCAUGAAUUCAGGGCCCGAAUCGCGGCAGUCGUGAGCGAGCAAGUAAUCGUAUCGAGUGAAAUUUCGUGUGCGACGAUCCGCACACUCGACACGAAACGAAUAGAAAUUUUAUGAAAUAACUUCCCUGGUGUAGCUGUAAAUGACAUUUUCGAAUACAUUCAAAUACGAAACAAAACAAGUAUUUGAAUUUGAAUUCAAUGCAAAUCUUAUAUAUAAAAAUGAAUCGCAAAAUGUGUUGGUAAGCGCAUAACUCAACAACGCUUAGAACAAUUUUGCCAAUUCUUUUUUUAAAAUGUUCUUUGAGGUUCAAGGAAGGUUUUUACGGCAAGAAAAAUUCGAAUAAUUGACGGAAAACCCUUAAAACCAGCCCUUUUCUUUUUCCCAUACAAACGAGUGAAUGUUUGUUUAUUAGUAACGCUGAGAGAACGACUGAACCAAUCUUGAUGAAAUUUUCAGAGAAUGUUCUGGGAGGAUCGGGGAAGGUAUAGAAAUAAAAAAACCUGUAUGCUUUUCGUGAGAAAGAGUCGGAAAAUUGGACAAUUCCAAAAAGUUAAUUUUUUCCAUACAAAUUUUUUUAAAUUUUUUUGUUUUGUUUUUCAAUUAUUUGAAUCGUUCAAAUUUGUCGUUUGCUUCAAAAAUUUUUGAAAAUUAUUCAGUGAAAUUGUUAUGUGUGUUGCAUACAAAGUGAUCAAUUACAGAUUGAAAUUUGCUACGAUGUCACGAAGAGGUCCCGCUAAUAUCGGUCGGCGUUCGUUUUGGCAUCAACAUACAUUAGUAGCCCAAGGCACAUGACCGAGUAUUCCCAGGAUGCGAUGACAUACGUGCGGUGUUAUGGAUCGCGGUCAAUUAGCAAGCGAUCGUCACGAUGUCACAGCAAGACUUUUAAAACAACAGCUUCGAUGGACUUUAUCUUGAAGCAACGUAUAUAUGGUGCUGUUAGAUGCUAGAUGUACUCUUUUGAGUGGCAAAAGAGAGGUUUGCCGCACGCAUACAUUCUUCUUUGGAUGGUGGAUGGUGGUUACACCAGAUCAUAUUGAUGAAACCAUUUCUGCGGAAAUUCGUGAUCCAGAGAAAGAUCCAGUAUUAUACGAAGUGGUAGAAACCAAUAUGGUUCAUGGACCUUGCAUCCACUACAAUCGCUUUUCGGUUUGUAUAUCUGAUAAUAAAUGCACGAAACACUAUCCAAGUGCUUUUCUCUCGGAAACACAAACUCAUCGGCAUCGUACACCAGAUAACAAUGCCAGAACAUUCAGCAUUCAAUUUAACCGUGCGAUUCUGUAACUUGAGACAGUCUCAAGUCUCUAAAUUUGAGAUUUUAAGUUAGAGACAAUUUUUGAGACUUGAGACGAUAUUGCUAUUCUGUAAGUGACAGUCACAAAAUCUAUUACAUUUCAUUAUUCAGUGAUGUUUUUACACUUGAAUGAUAAUAAAUAUGUCGAUAACAAAUAUUAAAUUUCCUAUAACAUAGUCAAAAAACAUAAUUAUCAAUAAAAAUAAAAAUAUAUGUUGACUUUGUUUCAUAAUAUUUACGAAAUUUAUGUAAAAUUGAUUUAUUUUUCAUCUUUUCGUGUUUGAGUUGCUUACAAAAUAUAAAGAAACGACAAUCGAUUAAUAUUUAUGAUGAUCUCUAUUCAGUAUAUUCAAAAUGGCAGACAAGAGCUCGUUUUAGUUUUGUGACCUGCUAACUACCAGGUCUCAAUGUUUUGAGACUAACGCUAGAGACUGUUUAGUGAAUAGUAACUAGUCUCAAAUUGAGACUUUGCCUCAAAAUGUCUCAAAUAGAGACUAGAGACUGGUUACAGAAUCCCGCUAUAAAAGAGUGUAUAUCGAAGCUGACAACACAUGGAUCGUACUAUAUUCCCAUUGUUGUUUAAUUCACAUUCAAAACUCAUAUCAAUGUUGAGUAUUGCAGUUUGGUUAAAUCUAUAUAAUGCGUUUGUAAGUACGUCACCAAUGGAAGCAAUACGAUACGGUCGAUACGUGAACCGCAAUAAAGCGCUUUGUAGAAUAUUUACUUUUGCAAUUCAUGAACGUUUUCCGACCGGCGAGAACAUUGCCCUAUUCGGAAAUACCUUGAUAUUAUUAUCUGGAAUGCAUCGUCGAAGAAAUAGUUGCGCAGAAAGCAAGGCCAACCAGUGGAUGGGCAUCCAGAUGUGUUAUCAACUAAUGCAUUAGGACGAAUUUACACAAUCUACCCGAAAAACGACGAUUGUUUCUACCUUCGGUUGCUAUCGAUUAAUGAACGCGGUUCAACUUCAUUUGAGUCAUUGCGUACUGUGAAUGUUACGGUGUCUGUGAGUUUUGGAGAAGUAUGCCAGGAAUUAAAAUUGCUGGUAAAUGUCAAUCACUGGAAUGCACAUGAAGUUCGCACACUUUUCGCGAUAAUCAUUUCGACGUAUCAGCCUUCAAAUCCGAACCUAUUAUGGGAUACGAACAAAAAUAACAUUGCCGAAGACAUUUUACAUCGUCUUCGCUAAAACUUGGAAAUGGGUCAAUUCCGGUUGAUACUUCCAGUGGUUUGAUAUCAAUUCCAUUCGCCGCUUAUCAAUUCACGAAAGAUGAACUCAUCACGAAUGUGUAUCCGAAUAUUGGCCAAAUUAUCGUAACUACGAUUCCUUAAGUGCACGCGCAAUGUUAGCUGCCAAAAAUACCGAUGUUUUGACUUAAACUGGAAGAUUCAAAGCCAAAUUCCGGGAGACUUGCGCUCAUACAAAUCGAUCGAUCGUUUUGACAAUGAAGGCGACGCCAUGAAUUAUCCUUUGGAAUUUCUAAAUUUUUUGGAGGCUUGGUAGUUUGCCACCGCAUCAUUUGCGUCUCAAAGCUGGAUCUGUCGUUAUUAUGUUCCGCAAUCUGCGCUAUCGAAUACAAGGGGACAGAAUGCUUGAUUCUAAUAAUUCCUUUGAGUUCUAACGAUUUGCCAUUUCAUUUCAAACGUAUUCCGUUUCCAGUGAAAAUCGGUCAGAUAUACGUUGCGUACUCACGAGUUGGAAAACCAAAAUAAAUAAAUAAAUUACAUUGAAAUAAAAAAAAAAUGAAAUGGUAAAUUUAACUUUCUUUUCAUUUCCAAAUACAUAAUUUCAAGCAGGACAACGGCUGCGGGGUCAGCUAGUAUUCAAUAUAUGUUUAUACAAUAUGUGUAAUAAAUUGUAUAUAAAUUUACUAAAUUUAGUUUUUGCAUUCAAUAAAAUGAACCCUAACGUGUUUUUAUACAAGUUCAUCUGAUUCAGAUGAAAAAUAUCACGAAAUGGCCAUACGAUUCAGGAUUCGUGAUAAAAGUAAUUCCAUGGAUUUACCUGAAGCAGCAUUCAGGAAGUGAUUUAGACUGACCAAAGACGCAUUUACUUUCAUCAUAUCGGAAAUAAAAAUUAACGGACAUUUAUCAACCGCAGUACCAUCAAUCAGCCGGUGGGCCGGUGGAAAAUUUUCACUAAAGAUAACAUAAGUCGGUAUAUUCCUGAAAAGGUGGCAAAGUUCGGCAAUGUAUGUGCAGUGUUGCAUACAGUUAAAAAAUUCAACAUAUUGAAAAUAUUUUGUAAAUGAAAACAAUAAUAUAGAAAUAGAUACGGGAAAUGAGACUCAAUUAACUAAAUUGGUCAUAAAAUUAGAGAUCAUAUUAGCCAGUAUUUUAUUAUCUAAAUGAAUUAAACGUUCCAACAACAUUUGAAUUCAUGUUUUGUUCUAAUAAAUAUAUUUUCAAUAAAAACAGGAACUUGGAAUUAACAUAUCGUA